GUAUAUAAUGGCAUGACAUGAGAGGGUGCACCACCAGCCGAGGAACCAGAAGCAACAUGAUGGUAACGUUGGAGGACAGAGCUGUUGUCGUCCCCGUGUCCCACGCUUAGAAGAUUGCCUCCUCCAUCAGCCUGUGCCGUGGUGUUCUUGGCUUGAAGGAGAUGAGCCGCAACCAUGGGAAGAACCCCAAGUUGAACUUUACGGGGAAGCAGAUGAGGGCGAGAGGGGGGCCAUCGACGAGGGCGGUGGUGGAGGAGGAGGAGGAGGAAGAGGAGGACUCGUCGUCUUCGUCGUCGUCGUCGCGGUCUCCGCCCAGCUCGUGCGUGUCGUCGGAAGGCGAGCAGAAGUUGGGCAGCCCGGAGGCGACGUCCAUGGUGCUCGCGGGGUGCCCCCGGUGCCUCAUGUACGUCAUGCUCUCCGAGAAGGACCCCAAGUGCCCCAAGUGCAACAGCACGGUGCUGCUCGACUUCCAUCGGGGCAACACCAGCGCCGGCAAGAACAGAAAGAGCUGAUGGUGGCCGCCAGCCGCUAGCUCCUGGUGGUGGGUGGGUGCCUGCCUGCUAGUGUUGACUGGUUCCUCGAGCAUUUCAUUAUAUGUUUUCCGAUCUCCUCAUCAGAACUCUCUUCGUCAAUCCUAGUUUCUCUCUCAGGUGCUGCUUGCCCCUCUCUCUCUCUCUCUCUCUCUCUCUCCAUCGGAGUCUUCUGUUGCUGAAGCCAAUGUAAAUGGGUGAACCCUAUUAGCCCAAGCUUCCCAAGGAAACCUAAUAUACAUGAUACUUUGGGACUCAA